GUCUCGCGGCGGGAACACACGGGACAGGACGCCGAACUGAGGUGUGCUCCGCGAGGAUGGAGCGGGCUGAAGACGACAUCGCCGUGGUGGGCAUCGGCUGCAACUUUCCAGGCGGAGAGGGUCUGGAAAACUUCUGGAAGGUUCUGGUGAGUGGCCAGAAUUGUUCUAUGCCGAUUCCCAAGGAGCGGUUCGACUUAUCCGCUUGGUAUGACCCCGACGACAACAAGGCGGGCAAAUCCCGCACAGCCACCGCCGCCCUCAUUGACGGUUUCAACCAGUUUGAUCACAAAUUCUUUGGCAUCAGCGACAGUGAGGUCGAACAAAUGGACCCUCAGCAGAAGCAGCUGCUUCAAUGCGUCUACAGAGCUCUGGAAAAUGCUGGCAUACCUAUGGAAAAGGCUAGCGGGACCAGAACUGGAGUGUAUUUUGGACUCAUGAACCGAGACUAUGAAACCAACGCGGCACACGUUCAUCCCAGCAUCAUCAAUCACUGGACCGGGGCAGGGUUGGCCAUGAGUAUCGCCGCUAACAGAGUGUCAUAUAUCUUCAACUUCACCGGGCCGUCGUUAGCCAUCGACUGCGCAUGUUCGUCAUCCCUGGUCGCGCUCCAUCUCGCGUGCCAGGCCAUCAAACAAGGGGACUGUGGCAUGGCGGUGUGUGGCGGCGUCAACUGCAUCACCGAGCCCAGAGUCUUUGUGGCCCUCAGCAAGGCCAAGAUGAUUUCCCCGGACGGGACCUGCAAGCCUUUCUCUAACAAGGCCAACGGUUACGGCCGAGGCGAAGGAUGUGGUGUGGUUCUCCUUAAACCACUGACAAAGGCCUUACAAGACCAGGAUCACAUCUGGGGGAUCAUCAGCAAGACCGUCGUCAACCAAGACGGACGCUCCGUGUCACCCAUCACCAAGCCCUCCAUGACUCAGCAGGAGGAGCUUCUGCGGAUGAUCUACACUGAGUGUGACCUUGCUAAUGUCCAGUACAUCGAGGCUCACGGCACCGGAACACCAAUCGGUGACGCAACGGAGACGAUGAGCCUCUCGAACGUCAUUGCUAAAAUCAGGGCUUUGGAUGGACAGACUCUGCGGAUCGGCUCGGUCAAGAGCAAUAUCGGACACACGGAAUCUGCCGCUGGAGUGGCCGGACUUAUCAAGGUGCUUCUUAUGAUGAAGCAUGGGACCAUUGUUCCUUCGGUUUUCUUCUCGGAGAAGACGGCCAGCGUAGACUUCAAGGCUCUGAACAUGCAAGUUCCUACAGAAGUGGAAAAAUGGGAAGCAAGUGGUGAGCGGGUUGCAGGUAUCAACAAUUUUGGCUUUGGGGGUACAAACGCCCAUGCUAUUGUCACCCAGCACACGCAGUCGCAUAGAAUGAACAAGAAGGAGAACAGGAGGAUCAAAUAUUUUGUCAUGUCAGCAAAUUCCCCAAAAUCUCUCACGCUCACGCUAGAAGACACCAUUAAACGUCUGGACACCGACAUUGAUCUUGAUCACCUUUUGUACACAGCGGCAUGCAGGAGGAGCCACCUCAAACACAAAUACAGACGGGCCUGCGUGGUUUCAUCCAUAACUGACCUCAAAGAGAAACUCCAGGCUGCUGUGAACAAAAACACAACAAGCCCAUCACUCCAAGAUCCAAAGUUAGUGUUUGUCUUCUGCGGUAAUGGUCUCACUUACCACGGCAUGGGCAAGCAGUUGCUCCGAUACGAGACAGUCUUCAGAGACAAAAUUGAGCAGAUUUCCCGAGCCUACCAGCAGCUGAGCAGCCUCAACAUCCUGGACACGCUUGAGAGCGAGAGCGAGCCGAGUGAUUACAAUGCUGUGGACGUGGUCCAGCCUCUCCUCUUUGCCCUGCAAGUGGGCAUCGCCACCUUGCUUGAGCACUGGGGUGUCAAAGCCGACGCCAUGCUGGGACACUCUGUUGGCGAGGUGGCAGCGGCUCACUGCUCGGGCCUCCUGGCCCUAGAGGAUGCCCUCAAAGUCAUCUACUUCCGCAGCGUUCUCCAGGGUGAAGUGACAGGGGGGAAGAUGCUGGUAAUCAGCAACAUGGCCGUAUCAGAGGUCACUGCUCUUCUCCCUCAAUACUCCGGAAGAGUUUGCCUUGCUGCUUUUAAUAGCCCACAGUCAUGCACUCUCUCAGGGGAUGCCGACGCAAUCCAGAGGCUUCAGGCUAAGCUGAGCAGCACAGCUAACAGCGAGAACCUCUUCAUCCGUGUUCUCGAGGUCCCCGCUGCUUACCACAGCCAUAUGAUGGAUCCGAUUCUGCCAAAAAUCAGAAAGGCGAUUGGCUGCUUGGUGGGGAACGAACUCAGUGCCCAGUUAUUCUCAACCGUGACUGGUGAGGAGGCACAGAUGGGAGAUUUUUGCUCAGGUGAUUACUGGGCCAGAAAUGUGCGUGAGCCCGUCGCUUUCGAUCCGGCAGUCAGAUCAGCCAGUCAGGGGAAAAAAAGCGCAGUCUUUGUGGAAAUAGGUCCAAGACGAGCCCUCCAGAGGAACAUCAUGGAAACUCUAGGAAAUGACACAGCUGUCAUAGCCUCGCUGCAGCCAGAUAAAGAGCACGAGACACUCGCGUCUGUCGUUUCAAAGCUCUUUGAGCUUGGUGUACACAUAGACUGGAACAGCUUUUACGCAGGCUAUGAGGCGCCACCGCUGCCUUUCCCGAGAUACCAGUUUGAUUCCUCAGACAGGGAUGUCAUCAUCAAAGGGGCUCAAAAAAGCACAGGAAGUAAUCACCCUGUUCUCUGUGUCAGAGGCAAUGAGAGCAACACUUUCAGCUGCGACUUGAUGUCUGACUCCACCUUCUACCUGAAAGAGCACAAACACAACAAAGUACCCAUCAUCCCCGGGGCCUUCUAUGCCGAGUUGGGUUUGGCCGCAUUCAUGGCCUGCGCCAAACCAAAAGUCCCUCUCAACUCACUGCAGCUGAAUGUCAAUUUUCACAGCCCAUUUGUCAUAACCCCAAACCCCCUAGAGAUGAAGGUGCAGCUGGAUCAAAAGGAGAAUGAAGCUAUUUUCACUGUGUUUUCCUCAUCAGCCACAUACGCAUCAGGCGCGGUUGUCUUAAAGAAAGAUCGACCAGUCGAAGAGCAGCGCAUUGACCUGAAAAGCAUCUAUAAAAGAUGCACAUCUGUCGUGACCUAUCAGGAAUUUUACGGUUACCUUGCCCAAGGAGGCUUUCAAUAUGGAGAGGUUUUCACAAAUAAGGCGAAUGUACACUACGGGGAAGAUCUGAAAGAGGCUUUUGCCUUGGUCACAGUUCCUGAGGCACUACGGUCUCAGCUGCACGACUACUAUGUUCAUCCGGUAUUGCUGGACUUCCUUAUGCAGCUCCUCCCAGUCACAGUAGAGCAUAUUUUUGCUGGUAGGCCAGGAUUCCCUGCCAAGAUUGGAAGUUUGACCGUGUUAGAACCCUUACAAGAGGAGAUGACAGUCUACCUGAGGGCAACCGAUGUCGGGGAAGACCAUUUUGAGGUCUGCGGAUGCUAUGCUGAUCGGCAUGGUCGGACCUUGGUUGAGGUUAAGCAUGUGUUGAUCAAAUACCUUGGCAGUCGCUCUCAUGUUGUUGACGAAUACUUCUACCACAAUGAAUUCAGUGUGAUGUCCGAGGGGAUUACUAAUGAGCCACCUCCAAUGGCCUUGGUCUUCUCUGACAACAUAGGAAUCGCAAAAGCCCUACAGCCCUACUUGGACUCGCGCUCUUGCUACAUUUCGAUCACACAUGCAAAAGAUAUCUUGAGCCAUGGAUUUCCAUAUCUCUUGGCAAAACUCAAUGUAACAGACAUUAAAGAGACAUUUGCUGAGGUCUUGUUCAUUUGGGGCAAAGAAAACCUAAACUCGUUCACACCUGAUGAUAUCCUGCAGAAUCUAUCAAGUUGCUGUGAAAGUUUCCGCCAGGUGGUCCUCGAGCUCAAGCAAAUCCACUUCCCCAACUCCAUCCGAGCAGUAACUUACUGUUCAUCCGAGCUCACAGUUGAUCAUAUCAAUCCAGGCUUUGCCAUUGUAGGCAUGACAAGGUCCCUUGCCGCAGAAAUAGCAGAGCUCUCAUUCCAAUUGGUUGACAUAAGCUCCAGCUGUGCAAAGGACAUUGCGGCUCUGUCCGAGGUCCUCAGAGCUUAUCCUUGCAGCAAAUACCCAGAACUGGUGGUCAGAGACGGGGUGAUUUUAAAACCCUCCAUUGCACGUACCCCACUUGAACUGACUGACAAAUCUGAAGAAACUUUUGAGUCCAACACUUCUGAACCUUGCAUCUUUCAGACUGCGGACGCUUUUAAAAUGAGUCGCUUGAGUGCCGUUCCUGUCCAUGCUGACGCGGGACCAAUGAGUGAUACGUCAGUUGAAAUUUCCCCCACGAAAUUGUGUGUCCAUUCAUCAGAGUAUUUCCCUGUCAGUGCCUCACAUCUGAACUUUGGCCAGACUCUGUACUGGAACAAACACUCUUCACAGAACCACAAGCUCCUCAUGCUUGACUUCAGUGGAAUCGUUACCAAGGUUGGAAAGGAUGUCAGGAAAUUAAAAGUGGGAGAUUCUGUGGCUUCCUGUUACCCUGUGGGAGCAGCCAGUCGGGUCAGAGUUCCACAGGAUGUGUGUUACACAACCAAACAACUUCCCUUCCUUCAAACAACGCCUUGUGUAUCCUUCUUUGUACUGGCGAGGGAAAUCCUUUGUCGGGUCUUGCCAAAAGCCAAGCAUCUUCUCGGCAUCAUAUCUCCUAUUCUUGAUUCCGUUCUGGUCAAGGUUUUGACAAUUGCCUCUCAAAAGGCUGGUUGGAACGUGAUUGUUGGAACCCACGGCUCAUUUAAAGAUGCCAUUCUAAUUGAUGCAUUGAUCAUCCUGCCUCCAUACAACAAAAGUUUGAUUGCAGAAGUCUACAACUUUCCUGGUGUCAAGAAUGUUGUCCUUGUUCAAGGAUCUCAGACACAGCACUUGCUUGUCCAGGAUGACCUCCAGAAUGUAAAAGAAAGUGUCCAUGUGCAAAAAAUCGAUAUUCCGGUUCUUUUGCAAAAAGGAUCCCUGAGUGCUCGAAGGCUAGGUGUUUAUCACUGGCUUAAGUCCUUCAAUCUGAGCAAAAAGUUUUCCCUCGAAAGCUUCACCUUUCAGUCCAGCACAGGUGACAAAAUCCAAAGCCUUUCCUCAGAGAAGCCAGAAUCUUACUUCCAUGCAAAAAAAUUGGCUGUUGUGACCCUGGAAAAAGGUCAGACGACCGCGACAUCAAACAUUCCACUUCUGUGCUCAAAAAAGCAGCUUUUCCGAAAGAGAUCAGUGUACAUUAUAGUAGGUGGUCUGACCGGACUGGGCUUCGAAACAGUGAAGUUCAUCUCACAAAAGGGUGGCGAGGUUGUCAUCACCCUCUCGAGGAGCAAGCCCUCGGCGGAAGUGCAGCAGGAGAUCCAAAACAUAAUGAAGCAGUGUGGGAACAAAGUUGUCAGCAUGCAAUGUGACAUUGCAGUGUAUGAGCAAGUGCACAAGGUCAUCCGCGACAUUCAGCUUAAGUUCCAAGGUUAUCCGAUCAGAGGUGUGUUCCACAGUGCCGUUGUCCUGCAUGACGCGCUGAUCGAGUCCCUUGACAGAUCCAUCUAUGAAGAAGUUCUAAAGCCAAAAGUCAACGGCGUGCUCAACUUGCACAAGGCGACACUGAGCUGCCAGUUAGAUUAUUUUGUUUGUUAUUCCUCCAUAUCAGCCUUUCUGGGAAACGCGUCACAAACAAACUAUGCAGCAGCAAACACGUUCCUGGACUUAUUCUGUCAGUACAGGCGCAAGCUCGGCCUGCCAGCGCAGUCAAUCAACUGGGGAGCUCUGAACUUGGGACUCCUCUUGAACAAAGAGUCGUUCCAUCGCUUCCUGGAGGCCAAGGGCAUAAUGGUGCUGAUGGUGGCUGAGAUCCACAAAAGUCUGGAGCAAUGCUUGCUGCUCAACCGACCGCAGCAAGCUAUUUGCCGCUUUCACUUUCGGAACAUCCGCUUUAACAUCCUCUCACAAAACGUUGCUCUGACCAUGCGGCUGUCAGCGCUGGUGGAGCAAGCCCUCCAAAAGUCCAGAGAGUUGAAUUCUCAAAGCAAUAACACUGAGGAAGUGCCGGCAAGAGAUUACGUCAUCUCGCUGUUCAGCAAAACCGUUGGCAUGGACGUCAGCGAAUUGAAAGAUGACACGCCGCUUUUGUCUCUCGGCACGGACUCCAUGCAGGCCAUGACGCUGCAAAACCUCAUCUACCAGGACCGAGGCGUCAAUGUGCCACUGGUCAAACUAUUGGAUCCCAAUGCCACACUAGCCACUGUGGUGGCCAUCCUGAAUGAGGGGCAUGACUGUGGAACUCAUGACCACAACACUUUUUCAUCUGAUAAUACCAGCACUACAACAAGAUUUUGAGCAAGAUCAAUGCAGAUAUUUUUUUAUUCGAUGUAGCAGUACCUUAACUGGAUCCGUGGUCAUACAUUAUUUAUAUCCCAAAUUAACGUUCUCUAUUGAGGUGAAUGAAAAUGCCAUGAAUACAUUCCAGAGCAGGACUCACUUUCCUAGGACAGGUUCAUUUGGCAAAAAAUCUACACCCAAAAUGACAAUGCAAGUGCAAAACAGAACAGAUACCUGCACUUUCACUGCGAGGUAUUCACGAAGUCACUGAUGAAGUAUGCAUCCGCCAUAUGGUGGAGUGUCUGAAGGUCACGCACGAGUCUACUUUUUUGCUUUCAAAAUCAAUGUGGUCUUUGAUUCAUGUGGUACCUGUUUAUAAAAGUUGCUUACACUGUCGUAAUAUGCGAUUUAUUUUUUGGUAGAGUCAGUCAGCGCCGCGAGGAAUGCAAAGUGACCAAAUGUCCAAGUUGAGUAUGAACUUUUACAAUCAUUCCUGUGUUGUGUGCGUUGCCAACUGCUCAGUGUCUCAAUAAAAAGACCAGCGGUCAGUCAAA